AUGAAGGCAAAGGUCCCCCUGGAGUGGUGGGACCAUGUGGCUGAGAUCACAUAUCUGAAGCCAGCAAGGCCCAGAAGACAGUGGUGUUUUAAUGUGGUUGUUGUUUACCUGAUCUUGCAGACUGCCCUCAAUGCCUUUCUCCUUUAUAAAGUUUUCACAUUGGAGUCUUCACUGUCUAGCCCAAGUAUGGAGAAGCUGACAGACAAUCACAUUCCUCUGGAUGGGGAUCAGCAUGAAGACUUCCAUACUCUCAUCCACAACAACAGUCAAGACACCAAGACCCUAAGAGGCCACUUAUGGGCCCUGCAAAACCAGUUGAACAGUCUGUGUGGAGAAGAUGGUCAGCUGGACAUGCUAAGGGCUGACCUGAGUCUGCUCAACAUAAGCACCCGCAACUUGGAAGGCAAAAUGACAACCAUCAGUCUCAAACCAGGGCCUCCAGGUUCUCCAGGGACAGAUGGACUGCCAGGACAUCCAGGGGCACCUGGAGAGAGGGGCCUCAAAGGUGACAUUGGUGUUGCUGGCCCUCCAGGACCAAAAGGUGACAGCGGACCUAAUGGACAACCUGGAAAGCCAGGAGUCGCUGGGAAAACUGGGCCACCUGGACUCACUGGACAUCCUGGACCCACUGGGGCCCCAGGAAAUCCAGGUGCAAAGGGACUAAGUCCUCCCGGUCCACCAGGGACCAAAGGAGACAAGGGAGAGGAAGGAAACCCACCAGAGU